UCCAAAUAACUUAUGAUCCCCGUAGAUGGCGCAGUAGUUCUUCCGCCACUAAGGGUGCUUGUUGACUCAGAAGUCCUGCAAUAUUUUUAAGAAAUAAGAACAAUGCCAAGAGGCAAAGGAGGCGGCGGCCGUGGUGGCAAAAAGAACCACAAAGGCAAAAGUCGCCACUUCACCGAUCCUCGUGAGAUGGAGCAACAGGAUGAGAAAGACGCAAAAGCCAGAGAAUGGAGAAAAAAGAAGGGCAUAGAAGAUAGUGAUGAUGAAAAUGAACCAGAAGAAGUAAACAAACGAGGUGCUGUUGGGGAAUUGCCACCAAAUUCAUCGAGUGAAGAGGAUUCGUCAGAUGGAGAGGAGGCUCGUCCCAAGGGUGUAGAACAUUUGAUAGAGAUUCACAAUCCAAACCGAACAGGAAACAGGACGGCACGAAAAGUUACAGAAUUAGAUUCAAAAGCUUCAACCCAGCUGUCAAGGAGAGAACGGGAGGAACUGGAGAAACAGGAAGCUGCCCGACGGUAUCAGCAACUGCAUGAAGAGGGGAAGACAGAGGAGGCGCGUGCAGAUCUUGCUCGACUUGCCCUCAUUAGAAAACAGAGAGAAGAAGCAGCCAAGAAGAAAGAGGACGAAAGAAUAGCGAGGGAAGCAGCGAAGAAGUCAAGCAAGUCUUGACGACCUGUUGUAUGGCGACUCACGAAUUGUUCUGUAUGAUUCAGUUAAUGUUAUGAAGUAUACCCAAGUACUCAAUCCAGUCUGUAGAUGCAUGGUCAUACCCAUAAGCUGCUUCACUGCAUCUCAUCUCACAAUACGUUGUUGCCCCAAUCAGUUGCAGCCUGGCACUAAAGCUGUUGUGGUUCUGAUUAUUUGGCCAGGCCCACCGUAAUGAUUCUUUCUCCCGUUGUAACAGUCUGAUCUCAUAAGUUGCUCGUAUUAGUUUGUCAACACCAUGUCUGUGCUCGGUGAUUUCACCAAAGUGAUAAGUGUCUACGACAUACAUCUCUUUGGGUUUCCUUCCCACAUGGGAAAUCAUUCUCACCACACAAGUACUCACAUAAUGGUUCUCAAGUAACAAGAAAAUAGUGCUACUUUGUUAUGACAUAUACACCUGGAAGGAAGUUAAGCACCACUACUUUAGAAGUCCUGUCUAGCUACGAUUGUGUCUGACAAAACUUUUUUCCGUUACAAAGUGACACUCAUUUUGAACUACAGAAAACAACAUUGAUUAUCAGGUGACAUGUUUUGUAGGUUUUCCAUGACAAUAUUUUUUGACUUCCCUUCCAUUUGCUUCUUGGCACUGUGACCAAGUCCUAGCAGAGGAAUCAUGUCAUCAUAGUGUCUUAGAUGUUGAGGUUAAAGUCAUACUGGUAUGAUAGUAUUUCCAAAAGAUACAUGGACGUUUUCAAUAUAAGGAAAUAAAGGUAUACAUAUACCAAUGAAGAUAGAAUAAAGAACAUUGCAGGAGAAAUUAAUAUGUUGGAUUCAAUUUGAUUCCUGAUUUGAACAAAACAAAGGGAAUUGUUAGUAUUUGACUUGUCAAAACAGCUAAUUCCUGAUACCCUUAGAGCUUCUACAAGCAUGCGAAAUUCAUUUAAAACUAAUGACUUCUUCUGUAUGUGUGCCUUUGUUUCCAUAUGUAUAUGAAAGAUGUAAUCUGAAACCCACAUUUGUAGCAUAGUGAUGAUUAAGUUCUUGGAAGCCUUUGCCUUCAUUCUGUCAGAACCACAACAGUUUUUAUGCCCAAGUGAUGUAUAUGCCAGGCAUUAAUACUGAUGCAUUGUAUUUAUGAAAGGUCCAAUUUCAAAGGUAACUUUAAUGACUUGAAGACAUCAUAUAAAGUGUGUAUUAUCAAAACAUUUGACACCUUCUAAAUAAUAAGCUGUAUUCAUUUUGGUGCAUGCAUAUCUUGAAACUGGAAUGUUAAACUUUAUUGUAACUUUCUUGACGACUGUACCUGCACUAUUGAGACAUGUAUAUAUAAAAUUUCACAUACAUACUUGUUUAAUUGUCCUCUGAUCUAUGUGGAAUGCAAACUGUGCCUGUUUUGGUCCCAGAGUUGGUCUUGUAGCCACAGGGGAAUAGUGGAGGGUGGCAAGUCAUCUGUAUGGACUCACCAAGCUCAAAUCUUUAGAAAUAAUUCUUUAUUAGGACUGAGAAGGAAAAUAAUUACUUUUUUGUCUGUUGUGAAAACAAAAUCCAGUUUAUAGCACUCAUAAUUCCUUACAUGCUUUUGUACAUACAUCUUUCAGUAAAUGAAUAUCUAGAAAUGAUUAUUUUCAGCACCUUAUAUUUAGUGUAAAUGGUCUGGCUGUACAUCCUCAAAUUGCUGGUAAAAAGGUUUGCCUACAAAUAUAUCAUUAAUGAUAUUUUAUGAUAAGAGCAGUCGAGGUAUGUUGCAUAGGAUCUCACAUUGAUAUUAGUGUAAACUGGUCACUGGAUAUGCAUCUUCAAACUAGAAAAUGAUGUGCCAGAAUUAAAUUUUUCAUCCUUUGAAUUAAACAAAUAUGAAAAGAGGCAAAACUAGGUUCUGAUCCUUGUUAUUAAUCAAAUAUUGGUUAUAUUGCAGUCCAUUGUCAAUACUUCAUGGGUUUAUACACAGUAUGUUCCUCCAUUGUUCAGUGAAUACAUGCAGCUACGACACAGUCAGUUUAUUUGAACCAACAACUGCCUGGUUUCAGAUGUAGGGAGGGCAGCAGAGGUCAUUGUUUACAUAGCAUUGUUUCUUGAUUGGGGUGCUGGGGUAGCCCAGUGGUUAAAGCAUUUGCUCGUCACACCGAAAACCCGGGUUCGAUUCCCCACAUGGGCAAAAUGUGUGAAGCCCAUUUCUCGUGUCCCCUGCCAUGAUAUUGCAGGAAUAUUGAUUGACCACACUCACUCAUCGACAUAUGUAAAGCAAUGUCCGGGUUUACACAAAGGCCAUGCACAGCCCUGGCUCAUUUUAACUUGUCAGUUACACAUGACCUCAUUAGCCAAUAAAGUUUGAUGUUUGUUAUCACUGCACUAGCGUGGUCCUAUGGAUUCAUUGGUGAUGGAGGAACAAGGUGUAUUGGACCUAGUAGCAACGAUGUAGCAAUCUAGUAGGCAUGUUCUUAGGUCUUUGAGAUACAGGACAGCAACCAUCACAAAAAAGGAAUUUUGUAGAGUUACCCUUAAAGUAACCUUGUAGGUAGGUCUGCACCAGUCUGUAAUUAUUACAUUGUUUAAUAUAGGGAAUAAUGUGCUAUGAUAUACCACUUUUAUUUGAUAUAUGUAUUGUGAAAUAUGCAACGUCUUCAAUGAAAUUACAACUUAAAAA